AUGGCGCGCGAUGAACCAUUAACCCACAAGCCCGGUCCGACACUGCUACCGGGCCCGAUAGCAUCAACUGUUAGUCUUGCCGCGCGCUCAACGUCUCUCGCCAUUCGCCUCGGCUCUCUGGUCGGCGGAUAUGGGCUCGACGCUGCGCGUUUCACCACCCUGUCCAGUCUCGAGCUGGCUCGUGGCCUGGUCGAGGUUGUCCUUACGCGUGCCGGAAAAGAUACCUUGGAUCACGCAAAGAGCAGCCUGGCUGCUUCCGACGCUGAAAAUGUGCUCGAGCGCAGCUUGGAGGGCCUUCACUACGCAGUCAUCCAAGUCGCCUUUUGGACCUCUGCCAGCUUUCGCUUAACUGGAACAACCCUCUCCCUGGCCUCGGACACGUCACAACUUUUCCUUUCGUCUUUGGAUAAGCUUCUUGGAUCGACAGACUCUUCUCGCGCUGUCGCCAGCAUCAUUACUCUCAUCCGCCGCGAGUUUCGCAAUCCAGUCACUGGCACCAGGGGCGAGCGCGUCGGCGUCCUCGACUUGACGCUGGCCCUCAGCGCCCUCGCAUAUCUUCAACAAGCCUGCCGCAAAUUGCCCGACGAAGAGGCUCGCAGGAACACCCUCGAAGAAGUCAUUUGGGAUGUGGUUGUGCUCAACGAUGGCGACCGCGUUGAUAUUGACGACAGGCUGGCUCUACAGCGCGGCUAUGCGCCCGCGCGUAGUCCAGAGAUUUCCCGGCGAGGCUCCCAGGAUGAGGAGGAAACCCUAGCGCUUCUGAAGAGCCACAUCACACAGUCUCUCCCACCGGAAACAAAGGUUACAAUUUCCAACUCCGUUACCGCUGUCCAAACCAUUACCGUUGAAGUUGAAGGCUGUCUGCCCAUCUUACCAACUCCACCGGGGGCCGAAAUCAUCGAAACCACAACGCCAGUCUCUAAACGCCUGUCUUAUCCAGGUCACGAAAACGAUGGACCUUACCGAGUUGUCUACCGAAUAGAACGCGACAAAUUUCGCGCCAUGACCUUGCAAGGAGGUGACGACGCGGAAACCGGCUCCAUUCUAGGCGAAAUUGACAGCGACAAAGAGUCUCCCCAGCCAAUGCAAUACGACCCAGCCACCGGCACGUUUGUGCCUGUACUAGCUCCCUUGUCACCGCCCAAAGAUGCCCGAGAUCUCAAAUCAGAAUCGCCUAUUUCCUCGCCAGAGACUCAGAAGAGUGAACAAAUGCCGAGAACAAGCGAAGCACGCAUGGUUGAGCCGACGGCAAACCAAAAACGGCAGAGACAGCCCGCUACAGCAGUGUCGUCGGGGAAAGCAACUUCUCCGACCGCAAAACGGCCUGUCCCCAAAAAGAAGGCAGAUAGCAGCAGCCGCUCCACGGACAAGAGGUCUGGACUGAAGCAGGUUCUCAAGGAUGGGGGCCAAUCGAUUUCCAACAUGUGGAACAAGGAUACUCACGAAAACGGACCAAGAUCAAAACAAGUAACUACUGCUAGUAGUCGCAUAGAGUCGUCGCAAAAAGUAACGGCACUGCACAGUCGUCCCACAAAAGCAUCGCAAGAGCGAUCCAUCGCGAAUCGCAGAUCGCUUGUGACUCCGGAACCUCUGCCUCGAAGUUCUUCUCACGCCAGCUACAUCUCGCUCGCCGAUAGGCGACAGACCAUUUCCUCACAAGGUGGUUAUCCUGUCAUCAAAGGCGGGGCACCGCCCUCUCCGACUCUCAGAAAGCAAGAUGCGUCAUUUCCCCAAGAACCUGCCGUCCGGUCGCGGCGAGGCUCGCUUCUCAGCGGCAAUGUGCCAGCGUCUCCAAUGCGCGGCCACCGCCGCAGCGGAUCGUAUGCUCCCAGUAUAUACAGCCUCGCAACUAACGACUCGCAAACCUCCCUGGUCCUCUCGUCUUAUUUUAAGAAGAGCAGUUACAGCACCGCUGACGCUUUGCACACUCUACGUCGAGAAGGAUUCGUUGACGGCACUUUCCCAGAAGGCCACUUGCUUCCCAAUAUUACCAGGUACAUGCGCUUUUCAUCAGCCUGCUAUGGAUCGCAUUUUCUCAAGUUUCUGGGUAUCUCGAACGACAUGCCGAAAUUGACGAGCUGGGAUGGAACGCAUCAGGAUGUUCGCCACUUUGCCCACCACACUGAAUCCAAUGCCGGCAACAUUUUACUCGCCUCGUUUGUUGAUCCUCAGGGAGGAGCGGACUCGACUGGCGCCACCGGCACUGGCGUCCCGCUUGUUCACUAUAUUUCUCUCGAUCACGAAGCCAAGGCUGUAGUUCUGGCCUGCCGCGGGACGCUCGGAUUUGAAGAUGUCAUGGCAGACAUGACGUGCGAUUACGAUAACCUAGUUUGGAAGAAACGACCCUACAAAGUGCACAAGGGUGUACAUGCUUCAGCACGCCGUCUUCUCUACGGAGACGAUGGUCGCGUCUUGGUCACUCUUAAAGAGGCCCUUGUCGAAUUCCCCGACUACGGCUUGGUUCUUUGCGGCCACUCUCUCGGGGGUGCUGUAACGGCCCUUCUUGGCGUCAUGUUGGCGGAAGCCAAUCCCCACGGCCCUGGAUUUGUGACGGCUCCGAAAGCUGCCUUCAAAAAGAUGCUCUCGGAUGGGAUUUCCAAGGAGCAUAAGUACAACGACACAUUUAUCCCAGCCGGACGUCGAAUCCACGUCUACGCGUACGGCUCGCCAGGCGUCAUGUCAGCAAAGCUCCGCAAGAUCACCCGCGGUCUCAUCACGACGGUGGUGCACGGUGACGACCUCGUGCCACACCUCUCUCUCGGUAUCUUGCAUGACUUCCAGGCCCUGUCGCUAGCCUUCAAAGACAAGGAAAAUGCAACCAAGGCCGAAAUUCGGAGACGCAUGUGGGCCACUUUCCAGAAUAACCUGUCGGACGCAUGGCACAGUGGCAACGAGUCGCGGGCUGUCCCCGGAAACGAUGACGACAAGUGGAUGCUCCCGGCGCUGGCCGCCCUUCGGGAGAACUUCAAAUGCGAGAGGCUCGUGCCGCCGGGCGAGGUGUUCGUGAUUGAGAGCUAUCCCGUGCUGCGCCGCGAGGCAUUUCUGCUCAACGGCGAGGGCUUGCUGGGGCGACCGGCGACGCGGGUGAUUUUGAAGUAUGUGCGCGACGUGGAGACGAGAUUCCUGGAGCCGCGGUUCGGCACGAGCAUGUUGACGGAUCACAGCCCGGCCAACUAUGAAAAUGCCUUGAACAAGAUGAAGCUGGGCGUGGUGGACUGA